AACAAUUCACCGAUUUGAUGAGAAAUUUAAACAAAAAGGAUCUGGAACAAUUUUUUGCUUUUAUUUUACAAGAAUGGAAACCUAUGGAAAAUAUAUUCGACUGUCGACCGGAUAAACAUGCAGUCACACAUGAUUUAAGGAAAGAUAUGGAGGAUGGUAUUAUAGAUGAUCCCGUAUUCUUAUUAAAUUCAAUAGCUUAUGAUAUAAGAAAGAGGGUUCCUUUUAAUGGAAUAUUAUCUUCAGAACAUUUAGAAGUUCCCAAAAAAGGAGAAAAUUCAGAUUGUGAUUCUAACGUAACAUUGCACGUUGAUGAAUUUCUUUAUGAUGACGACGAUAUAAAUGAAUUAAUAGACAAUGGAAAACUUCAAAAAUAUUAUUGUAACAACUGUGGAUCAAGAGAUAUUAAACCAUUAAUAUUUAUUUCACAUUCCAUGUCAAGAGAUGCUUUAUAUUUUAUAUUUAAUACCUUAUUACCAACAUUAGAAGGUAAAACGGUAUUGGAUAUUGGAUCACGUUUGGGUGCAGUUUUGUAUGGCGCAUACGUUUAUACCGAUGCUAGUAAAAUAAUUGGUAUAGAAAUGAAUAAAGAAUUUUGUGAUUUACAAAAUAGCAUCAUAAAACAAUACAAAAUGAACGACAGGAUUGAAAUCUUGCAUGAUAAGAUUGAGAAUGCAUCAGAGAUCGUAAAAACUAGUGACGUUGUAGUCAUGAAUAAUCCUUUUGAAUUUUAUUUAUCGGAAUCAGAACAAAUUGAUAUCUGGAGAUUUUUGAAGUUACAUUUAAGAAAAGGAACUAUUCUAGUCUUACAACCAAAUAUAGAAAUAAUGUUAAAACAUUUACAAACGGGAAUUGUUACGAGUGAUUGGUUGAAACCACUUCCUCAAUGUCAAUCGAAUAAUCAAGAAAAUUCAUCAUUUUCAUCGGUUACUAGUCAAGAUGAUGAAGGAUACGACAAUAUAGUAUGCUAUGAAGUUAAAUGAAAAAACAAUACAUUAAUCAUUUAAUCGAUUUAGAUUAAAAAUUGUAGCACAUGUAUGCAUUGUAUACACAUACCAUAAUAUCAAAUAUUCAUAAACAAUGCUUAUAAAUAUACAUCUCUCUGUGCGUAUGUGUGUGUUUGUUUUUUGUAUUUUCGCACACAAUCAAAUUUGUAUAAAUCAAAUGUAAAACUAUUUACAGCAAUACAAAUACUAACAAUAAA